AUGUUUAAUUCUUCAUCCUUUCAUUUUAGCUGCAAAAGCUAUUUUCUUUGCCAUCAUCCUUUUCACUUCUGAUUUGCUAAAGUCGGAGGAAUGGAGAGUGAAGUGGUGAGACGCAGAGUUCAUAUGAUCGCAGCUCACUUUGCAUCAAAGGAUGAUAUCUCUCCAGCGCAUCUUCUCCCAAUGAACUGCAGUGGUAGUUUGAACUCUGUGCUCCGAAGAUGUGAUAAUAAAAUUUAUUUUGCGCGCCAAGCGUCUGCAUCUCUUGGUCCUUUUAUGAGGCAGACUUCUCUGGAAGAGGGUAGCUUCACUUCCCCUGGCCAAUCAGCAUCAAAGGAUGAUAUCUCACCAAACCAUCUUCAACCUAUGAACUGCGGUGUGCCCCGAAGAUUUGAUAAUAAAAUUUAUUUUGCACGCCAAGCAUCUGAAUCUCUCGGUCCUUUUAUGAGGCAAACUUCUCUUGAAAAGGGUAGCUUGACUGCCCCAGUCGCUCCCAAGUCCUGUGUGGCAUUUGAGACUCCUUGUAAUGUGAGGGAACCUUGCUUUGCUAGAUCCGCAAGGACAGAGUCAAAUUUCCAGAGUAGCUUGACUUCCGCUGUCGCUACCAAAUCCUGUGGUGUUGCAUCUGAGACUCCUUGUAAUGUAAGAGAACCUUGUUUUGCUAGACCUACAAGGACUGAAUCCAACUUCUCAAAUGUUUCAAUGGGCCAACCCCUGGUCCAGAGCUACGAUGUUCUGGCACCCAACCCUCCUAGUUUCGCUAGGCCAGGCAGACUGACAGCAAAAGAAGAGUGGUUACCUUCCGAGAAGAAAAUGUGCCGUUCUGAAGUCAGUGGAGUUGAGUGGUCCCCAAGGAUGGAUGUUGCAGAAUCAGAAGGAAAAUAUGUUAUGACAGUGGAAGUGCCAGGUGUCAGUAUCAAGGACAUAAGAGUAGAGGUUGAUGAUCAAAAGUUGUCUGUCAAAGGCAAACGUUCCACUAGCUUUUGGAGAGUCAUGGGUAAUCCCAAUGGUUCAUUUUCUUCAUAUCAUAGAAGAGAGAUAUUAUAUGGACCGUAUGAAGCAGUUUGGCCACUUCCUGCUGGUGUCAACAAGGACAGAGUAUCUGCUGAGUUUUUGGAUGGAUUCUUACAAAUUAUUAUCCCUAAAGUUUGAAGUUGACGGAGCUGGUAUCAUACUUGGAAUUCUGAUAUCUACCCAUAUCUCUAUCAUUGUAUAUGUGAUAACUUCAUGCAUGUUUAUUAAUUAUUCAGUCAUGGAGGGAAAAAAUGAGUGAUUGUAUCUAUGCUCGGACAAUCUAUUUGUCUUCUUUUGCAUGCUGCUCUGAAGCUCGCAAUGGCAUUGUUGUGAAUGAGCCAAAAAAACAACGAGCCAUAUCCUUCUUUACUGUUAUGUACAAAGACAAAAACUUGAGUAUGAGUAUACUGGGAUAUAAUGGUAUGUAUUAUACUUUUUAAUUUUUAUUAUUA